ACAGUUGACAAUUUUGUUCUUUUUGCCCAAGAAAUUAUCAUGUGGGCUCGUGGGCAAUAAGUUUUAAUUUUUUAAUGUUAUUUACGAUGAAUUUGUGAUUAAAUAGCAUAUAAAUGCUAUGGGCAGCGAUGAAGCUAGCGUCCAAGCGUCUGUCGCGCAUCUCGUGCUGUGCUGCGUGGCCGGGAGGGGGGUCAGUCAGCAUCAAGGCAAAUGCUUCACCCACCCGGGAAUGCAUGCCAAUUUCUUCAUACAUGGAAUACUGGGAUUCUUGCACUUCCAAAGCAACUUACUCAACAACGAUUUCAACGCAGCCUACCUCAUUAGCCUACACGCGACCCGCUACUUGGCUCUACCCUGCCUGAAUGCCGACCUUCGGAACAAUGACCAGGCGUUGGCAUCUGCGCACUUACUGUCAGGUGUGAUCCCGUUCGCACUGGCUUUGGCUGGACAAGACAAUAUCGUCUUAGGAAACUUUGUGAUUGCCUGCAAUAUAAUCUCUUUGUGCCAUUAUUCGUUGCAAAAUAAUCGUGAAUGGGGUUGGUUUACCGCAGCGGCUGGUGUGCUUGCUUACUUUUUAAGCCCAGUGACUAAGCAAAAAAUGCUUUAUCCUCUAACGUUGGGCCUCAUGCAGUAUUGUGCCUACAGAGUAUUUACCGUUCACUUCGCACCACCUCCGCCACCUCAAGGCAGACGUUGAUUAUUGUUUGUUCUUCGAAAAUAUA